AUGUCACCACCAGAACAAGAGCGAGUCAAGAUCUACGUUUCGAACCAACGUGGCUACAUCUGGGAUGUACGAGGUACGACAUGGGACACCCCCACUCUUCGAGUCUUCGCAGGCACCGCCGGGAUCACAAGCUGACUGGACCCGCCCGUCCCAGCAGACUUGCAAACCCUUCGAGUGAAUCAUCAUAUCUGUGGUGUGCUUUCCGGCACUCUGCCCCAGGUCGGACAACAAAACGUGUUUCUAGGGAUUCCGUUGCUGCUGCUGCCGGACGAGAUCGUCUUGCUCGUUCGCACCAGUCAGUUCUCGCCCUGUUGCCACGACCGGAAUCACGAGACAGAAUUCAACUCAUACCCCGCUUUCAUCAGACCUUGCUGUCCUCAUCGACGACCGAGCAGCGCAUCACCCCCCAACGACCGAACAAGCGACCCACUACGACUCCCAACGCCAAUCUGCGAUCCAAGCCCAGCAGAAACACAUCCGUCACUUCGAGCAAGAGAAGAAACUCAAGAUGGCCCACCUCUUCAAAGACAAGAUUGAGAAGAAGCGUUUGCUCAAAUUAGAGAAGAAUCAACACGUCGAGACACGAGCGAAUGAUGAGGAAGGCGCGUCUGCAGAGACAGAGGCAGAAACAAGGGUUUGGCAACUCAAUGUCCCCGACUUGGAACCGAAUGGGAGAUCGAAGUCACCCGUCGCGUCGACAUCGUCGGCACCUACAAGAGAAGCCGACGAGGACCUCAGCGGUGUGCCGUAUACGAUCAUGAUUCAGGGCUCCUCGACCGACGCACCCUGGCACGAUCCUGCUUCGGCGUCGUAUUCGACUCUGGAAGCUGCCAAAGAGGCUGGCGUGUGGGAUUACCCGACGAAUCAGCUGCAACAGAGUCGGUCCAAGGUUUUUGAGGACCUGUGGAGGAAAGGUCAUUUCAUGGGAGGUGGAUUGAGGUUUGGCGGCGAUUUCUUGGUUUACCCCGGUUCGUUCUUCUCGAAAAGAUUUCAGUACGACGCGGUUUGGAAAGCCAACCGAGACGUUUGUCAUUAUCUCCCUAGGCGACCCCUUACGAUACCAUUCGCAUUUCACCUUAACCGUGCUCUCUUCGUUGGACCAAAAGAUCAUGCCAUUGGAUCUCAUCUCGUACGGUCGACUGGCGACGGCGGUGAAAAAGGCUCACCUCUUGGCCAGCUGGGACGAGAAAGAGGACAAAGUCGAGUAUUUCUCGUUGGAAUGGGCUGCAAUGGGCUAG